CGUCCAGAGCCAGCAGCCCUCCUGUUCUUGUGUUGUUAGUUAGCCGCAAGUCCACACAGGCAGAAAAGAUAAGGACCCGGAUGCAGGGAACAUGGAGUUCCCCUUCGACGUGGACGUCCUUCUGGGGGAGCGGAUCACCACUGUGGACCAACAAUUGCAGCCCUCGGGACGGAGAGGAGCCGGCUUCACCACGACUCACAGGGUGGAUCUACAGCACCAGCUUAUGACGAUUAUAGAUGAGAUGGGCAAAGCCUCUGCCAAGGCCCAGAAUCUGCCAAUUCCAAUCACCAGCGCCUCACGAAUGCAAACCAACCGCCAUGUUCUCUACAUCCUGAAGGAUAGUGAAGCAAAAACAACUGGGAAAGGAGCUAUAAUUGGCUUCCUUAAGGUUGGCUACAAAAAACUCUUUGUACUGGACCGCAAUGGAGCUCAUAAUGAAGUGGAACCCCUGUGUGUGCUGGACUUCUACAUACACGAGUCUCUCCAGAGGCAUGGCUAUGGCAAGGAGCUGUUUGAAUACAUGUUGCAGCGGGAACGAGUAGAACCCCACCAGCUGGCGAUAGACCGUCCCUCAGAGAAACUCCUGUCCUUUCUCCGGAAACACUAUUGCCUCAGUGACACUAUCCCUCAAGUGAACAACUUUGUGGUUUUCCAGGGCUUCUUUAAUUAUCAACGUGCUCCUAUGAAAAAGUUGCCUCCAAAACGUCAUGAGGGGGAGAUCAAACCAUAUUCCCUAUCAGACCGGGAGUUCCUGAAAGAAGAAGUUGAACCACCGUGGCCCUUCAACCAGUCUCGCUCACUGAUCCGCUCCAGCAGUGUGGGAAACUCCCCAGUACGGGGCUGCCUCAAGCCUUUUCUCAAUGAGCAGGAGCUGCUAAAGAACCUGCGCCUCUGCCCUCCACACUCAACUGCCCAGCAUCUGAUGAAUGGGGAGUCUGGUGACCCACUUUCACAGAGGCGGAGAACCAGCUCUCUGAAUCGCUCUGAAAACAGCCAUUGAUCGCCGGUCUCUGCUGUGUCUCACCAACUGUUGGGCCUCCACUUGUGUCUUGAGUUCUUUCUAGAAGCAAAAUUUGGUUUUACAUCCAAUUUCCUCAUCCCCUUCUUUUUUAUAAUAUUUUAUGGGUAGACUCUCUAAGGAUGUGGGCUUAUUUAUAUAGUGGGAGUGUGAGGGUUUUUUGGUCUUUCUCUUUUUUAUGCCAUAAUUCCUAAACACCCUUAAGAAAGUGAACUUGCCUGCAUUUUAGAAGAGCAGAUCCUCCUGCUUGGCUAAAAAAAUAUUUCAAAGUGUUUAUUAUGUUGUGCUUUAGUUCCAAAGUGAACAGAGUUUACAGGUGGAAAAUAUAGGUAUUUUGAGAUAAAAUACAAAAUACAGUGUAUUACAAACACUGGGAACUGCAACCUAUUGCCAAAUAGACCUGCCUUGGGCUCUUGUCAGUGACUAGCCAUGGAUCCAAAGAAGACAAUGGACAGAGGCCUCAUAUAAAUUACUGCAAUCCUUGAAGACUUUUAAAAAGUUGUUGGUCUGGUAAGAUGUGGUCUGCUGUUUGGCAAGGUUAAGCAAUCAACCAGAGGUAGCAAAUUUUACAGUACCAUUAAAAGUAACUAUCAUGUUAUUUAGUUAUUAUACUUAUAUUGCUGUCUGAGGGAGGCACAAUUUUGCCUUCUUGCCUAUCUAUGAUCCCCCCCCCCUUUGAUUGAAGACAGAUGGUGCUUUUAUUUCAGAGUUAGUGGUGAUAGGGAAGAGGCAUUGAUGCCUGUGGCACAUAGAGUUUUUGCUGUUUCUCUGAUAAAUAGAUUUUGUAGUGAAUUUGCCUCUUUAGAAGUGCCCCAGGUCAGACCUGCUGUCUGGGAACUUCAUUUGUAAAACCCAUGGUAUUUCUCUUCAAUGUUUGUUUAGUCAGCAGAAAUCUCUUCGAUUAUCAUUAUCGUUCUGACUAAAUGGACUCUCAUCUGUUAAUGCUUGUGGCCCUACAUAUAUUUAUUUAGCCUUGAAAGUGCCACAAAAUUCUUUAUUGUGUUUGGUACAUGUUGUCGAUGAUUACAUACAAAAUAAUUGUCUUCAGGCAGCCAGGCAAAGCUUUUUGUGAAAUGGAACAGAGUUGGUUUGUUCUCUUCUGGGCUGUCAGUUUGCUUUGAAUCUCUAAUUUGGAAAUGGGGGCAAGCUAGAAGAAUUAGUAACAUGAAUAUGUGGAUAGCUUAGCACCUUUUUGUGGUCUUAUUUGAAAAGCUGGACAAGGGAUGGGAAGCUAGAGAGCUCAGUGAAACCCCACAGCCAUCCUUUUUGCCCCCUCCUUGACUUUGAAACAAUACCACCCCCAGCUCUGUUAUGCACCUUGCCUCUUUCUGGACACCUUUCAUCCUUGCUAGGAGUGACUGAGGUAUAUUUUCAAUUAACAUUGUGCUUAAGUUAAUAUAAAUGAAGGGGGAAGGAAUAGAGCUGGCCCAUACCAUGUCAGAUGAUUGGUGAGUAUAAACACGGUUUGCUGUUUACUUUGGCCAAAUCUCUCCAGAGCCUUGGAAAGAAAUGGGGAGUUUUAUAGCCUUGCCGCCUGAGAUAGUUUAAGUAGAGAUGCUAUGGAAUGUGCCUGGGACCUUCCACAUCAACAUGUUGUAGCACAGAGAAUGUGAGCUCUGCCUUUCCAAAACAGGCCCCUCUGGAAAGGGGUAUCAUGCUUCCAUGGGGAGAGUCGUUUCCCCCAAAUAAAGAGCAUGAGAAGAGACAUCCUCCUAAAACAACUCAGCUCACCAACUGCCCCACCUGCAUUAGGUGCUUUAGGGAUUCUUGUACCACACUCACAGUUAAUGUCUAAAGAAAUUUGUGAAAGAAAAGUGAGAAGAGCCAGACAUCAAGUUCAAUGUGGUUUAAGUUGUCCAUUUGGCUGUGGAGUGGAUUCUCCCCAGUCCGCAAGUAGUCACAGAGAAUACUAAUACUGUAGCAGUUUGAUUUUCUACUCUCCGUAUUAGAAAAACAAAAACAAAACAAGCCUUACCAGCAGCUGUGGGGCUCAGGUCAAGCAUCCAGAGAAAGGGAACUACAUGUAAAUAAAGCCCACUGUAAUUCAGUGUUUUAGCUCCCCCAAAUGAAUGGAAAUCAUGCAAGGGUAUUGAAGCAUCUCACCCUUCUCAGCAGAUCCAGCCUUGCUCCAUUUUCUUAUCUUUGCCUGCUUUAUGGCAGUCAGUUGUGUCUGUGGUAUUUUGAGAUGUUGUUCUGUCUCGAAUAUGUUUUUUGCUCAUUUGGAGUGGGGCACUUGUAGCCCGUAAGACUGUCUUGCGUAUUUGCUUUGUGGUUUAAACAGAUACGGUUCUGGUGAUUUUAAUAAAUACAUCAGUUGCCUCCAUGCUCGCAAAGCAGGGGAAGCCUUUAUAAGGCAAUAUAAAUUACAGAGCUUGGUCAAGAGCUUACUUUUCUGGGACUACACCUUCCAUAGUAUUCUAGCUAGUGUGGCCAUUAUUACCUUAAAAAGUUGUCUAGAAAGGAAAGGUAACAUUUCCAAGCUCUAAUUGAAUGGUUUACCUCAGCUUGAGAAGCAGAAAUUAGGAGCUUUAUUUUCCAGUUCCACAUGGAAAAUUGAUGGUUUCAGAGAAUAAAGAAGAAGAAAUCAGAAGUUGGAAGCCAAGAAUGAAAGUCAGGACUUGUGUGCCUUGAAGCUGAAAUUGGUUACAAGGAAAAGAAAGAUAUUGGGAAUUGGAUAUGCCUGAUAGAGACUUUUUAUGAUAGAUAAGGAAAUGUAUGUAGAUUCAGAGCUGGGAAGGGGGAAGAAUAAGAUGUGUGCCAGGUAACCCAAAUUCUGUGCCAGGAAAAGCAGCAGCUUAUCUAACCAUGUGCAUACGAAGUUGCUUAGCUUUUUUUUUAGAUACUUACUAACUGGUAGUUGUACUGAAAUCAGGACUAAGAAUCCUUUGGGCUAGAAUGGAUGGACUGUUACUAUAGGAUUUAUUUAUAUACCGCCCAAUCACUGGGAAUCCGAGUGGUUAGAAAGAAACUAGGAAGAGCUAGGUUCAGAUUUCCACUUAGCCAAUAAAGUUCAGAAGCACCAGCGUGGUGCGGUGGUGUGAGCAUUGGACUAUGACUCUGAAGACCAGGGUUCAAAUCCCGGCUCAGCCAUGUAAACUGAGUGGGUAGCCUUGGGCAAGUCGCACUAUCUCGGCCUCAGAGAGAGCAGUGGCAAACCCCCUCUGAAGAAUCUUGCCAAGAAUACCCCAUGAUAGACUUGCCAUAAGUCAGAAAUGACUUGAAGGCACACAACAAUAAACAACAACAAUAAAGUUAAUAGGGUGACUUUGGGCUAAUCACUCUCUCAGUAGACCUACCUCACAGGGUUGAGGGGAAAGGGUAUGCCAUAUCAUUUGCCUUUGUGAGCCUCCAGAGAAAAAGAUAGGAUGAAAAUGUAGUAAUGACUUAUAUUUAGGGGAAUUGUAUAUACUCAUGUAUAAGUCUAGAAAUGUUAAUCAAAAAAUUGACCCCAAAAACCCUGAGUCGGCUUAUCCAUGGGUCAAUGUAAGUACUGUACUUUAACUCUUAUUU